AUGGUCCGCCAAGCUUCCGUCGAGCGCAAGACCGGAGAGACCGCCAUUGCCGUCACGCUGAACCUGGACGUUGCGCCGGGAGAGAAGCAGGCGAUCAACGUCUCGACCGGAGUCGGCUUCCUCGACCACAUGCUGACCGCGCUCUCGAAGCACGGCGGCCUCCAGCUCGACCUGCAGUGCAAGGGCGACCUCGAGAUCGACGACCACCACACGGUUGAGGACUGCGGCAUCGCCCUCGGCGAGGCGUUCAAGAAGGCCCUCGGCGAGCGCCGCGGCAUCAAGCGCUACGGUUAUGCCUACGCGCCCCUCGAUGAGGCCCUCUCCCGCGCCGUCAUUGACAUCUCGUCGCGCCCGUACUUUGUCGGCCACCUGCCGUUCACCCGCGAGAAGAUUGGAGAUCGUGAGUAUUCUCAGCUCCGAGCGGCCCGGAGGUCGCGAGGCUGUUUCGUUGUCGCGUCGACGGUGCUGCGACUAGUCCAAUACCCUCUGCAGCCUGUUGACUGGCAUGCGGUUUCGUGGUGUCCUGCUCCUCGAGGAAUGCGUGCUGCUGGGACUAGAUGUUGGGGACCAGCGGAACAGCAAACUAGUAGAAAUUGGCCUUGCCAACCAGCAGAUACCAGAGACGUCCAGCUCCAAAGCAGCUUGACAGAGCUAACCCCAGUCUCGACCGAGAUGAUCUCGCACUUCCUCGAGUCGUUCGCGUUCGCGUCCGGCGUGACGCUGCACGUCGACUCGAUCCGCGGCACGAACAACCACCACAUCGCCGAGGCGUCCUUCAAGGCGCUGGCGCUCGCGAUCCGCAUGGCCAUCACCGAGACGGGCUCCAACGACGUCCCGUCGACCAAGGGUGUUCUCGCCAUUUAA